AUGGCAGUAACCCUUCUACUCUUUGUACUAACUGUUCUUGGUCUUGGUCCAGUAAUCAAUGCAUCAGUAUUGAAUAAUGCUUGUUCGGAUUGUGGUGACUCUGAAGUCCCAUACCCAUUAAGCACUAACGAGUACUGUGGAGACAAAAGGUACAAAAUUUUCUGCAACAAUGGGAAAUUAGAGUUCUUGUCAACAACAGGGACUUUCUAUAAGAUCCUUAGAAUUGAUCCAAGUGCUAAUAAGCUUGUCAUUAGCCCACCCCCUAUACUUGAAAACACAUGUUUUUCUUCUGAUCUCUUAGGGGGUGGCUUGGUGCUUGAUGAAACCUUGCCCUUCAAUAUAUCUACACACAACACUGUCAUGUUGUUUAAUUGCUCUGAUAAUAUCCUUCUGUCUCCUCUAAACUGUUCUUCAAAGAGCUUUUGCAGGCAGUUUGAGGAAAAGGUGGAGGAGGGAAGUGGGUGUAUGGACACACUUUGCUGCCAUUACUUAAAAGACUCAGCCAUGAAUUCCCAUAAGAUCAGACUCAGGGUUGGGAGUUGCACUGCUUACACUUGUUUGGUGGAUUACAGGCCUGAUGACCCUCUUGAUACUUGGAAUUAUGGGAUUGAGCUGCAAUGGCUGUCUCCUAAUUGA